AACCGAUGGAGUCUAUCCCGCCAAGGGCGCGAUCCCCUUUUCCCGGCUCCGUAACGGCCAAUCAGCUCCGUCUCCUUCUCCGGAUUGACUCUGCCAGCUGCGCUUGGCCUGAGGUUAACUAGGCCCAGCUCCUUGGGCCGGCCCAGCUUGAGUAUUUCACAGGUGUUUGACCCGAAGCUGUUUAAAUGGUUCAUUUGGGCCGUCCUCUGGAUAUCAGCCCAUCAUAAGCCCCCCAACUCCUCAGUCCUCUGCUGGGCCAAACGGAGGAGUGGGGAGUUUGCAAAGUCCACGUGGACGCUCCAGCGGGGAUCCGGGCCGUUCCUUGGGUUCCGCACGACACUUGGGCACGAUCUCCACAAAUAAGUAAUCAUGGCCUGCCGAUUCGCCUUCCUGUUGUCAGUUAAAAACCGCCGCUGGACGCCAUCUCUUUCUUUCGCCUUCUUCACUACCAUUCGUCUGCAACUCCGCUGCUCACCCGACUCGUUCUUCUUCCUGUCCAAGUCAGUUCCUUCUCUCGCCGCCAUGAUUGUCUCAGAUUCCGAUUCGGCUACCCCAUCGUCCAAUUCUCGCCAAGCCGGUCAAUCGGCCUCUGACCGUAACCCCGGCCACACUCCAUCACCCCGGCCGUCGCCGUCGGCCGUGCCUGGCCACAAACGGCGUCGAUUGAGGAAGCAAUACCCUUCCUCAACUCCGGUAGAUGAGGGCUCAAGGGUUGAAUUGGACGAAAACAUCAUGGCGUUGUGCCAUUGUCAAAUUACUGACCGGGGGUUCGCCGAUGCCACUGACAUGGUUGGACCCUCCAUCGAGGUCAUGAGACCUACCAGUACUCAAACUGCUCUAGACGCACCGUCGGGGUUCUUCACGGUCCAUCUGGCGUCUUUGAAGAAGGGGCUGCGCUUCCCACUCCACCCGUUGUUGAUCGAAUUCCUCAACGUGGUGGACCUUCUCCCGUGCCAACUGGUCCCCAACUCUCACCGGUACAUCGCCGGUUACCUGGUCCGGUGCAAAGAUGUAGGGGUGAAGCCGACCUUGGACCAUUUCAUAUUCACCUUCAAACUGACCAAGGGCCAUAAAGAUUGGGCGUCCUAUGCCAGUCUUUCCCAGAGGUCCAGUAAACUCUUUGCUAGUGAUAAGAAGGGGUCAACCAAAGACUGGAAGCCUUUCUUUGUCUUCGUUUCGACGGGGCCCGAAUCUCCUUUCACGGAGCCGGCCGUAAUUGUGGUGGAGGACCAAGAAGAUGCUACCCAGGAACCGGGUACCAUGGCUGGCCAAUCCCCUCCACACCCCGUGAUGCAGGGUGGCGACCUCGUUGGGUCGUCUCAGGGCAUUGCCUUGGAGCGACCUCCCUCACCACCCGCAGUGACCUACGAGGUGGCGACCGGGGGUCGCUCGACGAGGCUCUGCAUCCCUCCCCUGCCCCAAAGCCUAGGGGACGUACAGCUGGAGACUCUGAUCACUCUGGCUGCAGAAGACCAGGCUCGUAUCUCAGCAGGCUCCAAGGACGACCUUGACAACAUGGUCCUUUUGAGGCUUAGUCAGGCUACGCUGGGGAUGAUUGAGGUGGUCGGCCGGAAACGGGGUCGCCAGGCCGCCGCGGACGAGGCGAUGAAAGCAGUCGAGGCCAAGCAGAAGGAGCUGCAGGAGGAGGUCGCUCGACUCACAAGGGAGUUGGAGGAGAAAGAAAAUCGCUGCGCGGCGCUUGCUGUGGAGAAAGCUUCCCAGGAGAACCGCUGCGUCGCCCUUGAGGCAGACAAGGCCUCCUUGUCCUUGGAGGUAGAAUCUGUUUCUGCUCGAGUGGUCGAGCUGGAAGGGGAGAAAUCUGAUCUGAUCCAGCAGUUGGAGGUGGAUAGGAGCGAUCGGGUCCGCCAUGCAGAGGAAGCGGUAGAAUCCUUCAAGUCCUCUCCCGACUUCACGGUGGUCGCGAUGGAGCGGAUGGAAGAGCUAACAGCCGCUUGGCUCAAAACUGAACUUGGGGCUCAAUGGAUGGUCAAGGAGGGGACCAAGUCCUUCAACUGCGGACUCUUCCACGCCCAACAGUUGCCUCGCCGGCAGUGGCCGUUGGUGAAACCGCCGCCACCACCUCCAAACCCUUAUGAAGACUUUAGUGAGGCGUACGAGGCCCUCUCCGCCAACCGCCUGCCUGACGGGCGGAUUGACUGGGAUGCUCCAUGCCCCCUCCUGGAGCAUGAGUGCCUGGGAGAGCUUUCAAGAUGAGCACUUACCCCUCCUGGAGCAUGAGUGCGCAUACUACGCAAGUUUUGAGCGAUGGACUAGCGAAAGUCGCACCAGUUCGCCGGUGAGGCCUACGGAGGAGGUUGUGUUAGAGGAAGAACUGGGUUCUUCCCUACCUCGCCCCGCUUGCCAUUCACUUUCCCAGAAGACCCCUAGGCGACCUGAAGUAGCCCGGGCGGCUUCAGGAACUCCAUCCUCGCCUAGGUGAUGCUGGUUGGGGUUCACAGAGAAGUGAGCCGUCCCCCGCCCUUCCUUGGUAGGAGAAGGGCGGUGGGUUUUUGCCGAGGCUGGCGGCGACCACUCUCGUUCCAUGUUGGGGAAGAAAGGUGGUCGUCCUGG